UUCAAUUAUACGAUUUUACCAAAACGGGAUUCUCUUAAAAGAAAAAUCGAUUUUUUUUUUUCUUUUAUUGGUUCAAUCUAACAUUACUUUUUGUUACGUGUUCUGAUCACAACGGAGGCACUUGAAGUUGCAGCACCGCCACUGCCACCGCCUAUUUCUUCCGAACCGGCGGCGACACCUUCUACAGCCCCGAAUCGAUUGUCAUGGAUUCCGAUCCCAAACCUUCCACAUCACCAGCGCCAAACCCUAACCCUAGCAAGCCACCACCCUCGAAGGAACAACACCACCGAGACCUAUUGAACCACAUCGAAGCCUAUCUCGCGAAGCGCGACGGUGUCGACAAGCUCCUCAAGAUUUCCCGUUACGCAACCAAGCUCAUCCUCGCCUCUUCGCUCCUUCAAUCCUCCAAUAACCCCGCCCUCUACCACCGCCUCAAAUCCUUCGAAUCCAGCGUCGGCGUCAGCCGCAAGGCCUUCCGACUCGGAAAAUUCGUCCAAGACCUAAACGCUCUGCGAGCCUCCCACCACCACUCCAACCGUCACCUCCUCUUCACCCUCCUCGCCUACGGCGGCGAAGGCUUCUACUACUUCGUCGAGCAGUUCGUCUGGCUGGCGAAAUCUGGCCUCAUCGAUCCCAAACACGCGCGCGCGUUCCAGAAAGUGAGCGCGUGGGCGGAGCUAGUCGGGUACUUCGGGAGCGUGGCGCUCAAACUCACCGAUUUAAACAUUAUUGCUGAGGAGGAGUCGUGUUUGGCGUCGAGCGUGGAAAUCUCGCGCUUGAGAGGGAUUGGGUGCGUGGAAGAAGAGUCUAGGUUGCGGAAGUUGAGAGAGAAGAAAACGAUGAAGAGGCUUUCGGUUAUUCAGGAUUUGGCCGAUGCGGUUAUGGCUUUGGACGAUAUUUUGGAUGGGAAUGGACCGUUUUCGAAACCGGUUUUCAUGGCUUCCGCAGGGCUUUUGUCUGCGCUCAUUAGCACUCACAAGAAUUGGGUCUCUUGCUGAAUUUUUCACAACUUCUUUUCAUGCAUAAAAAGUCAUGUAGUUCUGCUGCUUGCUGACUGACUUUGUUUGGUUUGGCGAGGUUUUGAUAGAAGAAAAGAGAGUCAUGUUUUUGAUAGAUGAAACUGUGUUACGUAGAAUUGUGUGUUAGAAUCCAUGGUUGAACCAGAAGAGAGAAAUGGAGAAAAUGUUAUCAACUGGAAAAAGAAAAUUGCAUUAGAGUGAAUGAGUAUUGUGAGUGUUCACAUAGGAUUAGGAGGCUUGUAUGACAACUAAUCACUUGACUAGUUUUGUAAUUGAUUCAACUUACCUUGUUGUUUAAUGAAGUUCAUUCAUAA